AUGGCUUCUAAAAAUAGAAGGUGCCGGAAUGCUCUGCCUCUGGGACGGUCUGAAGAGAUCUCCACCGCCGCUGAAUUCAACAACGGCAAUGAGGACCUGGUGGUGGAGAUCCUUCUCCGUCUGCCGUCAAAAUCCCUCAUUCGAUUCAAGUCAGUCUCUAAAUCAUGGUUCUCUCUCAUUUCCAGUCAUCGUUUCUCUCUCCUCCUCUGCCAAUUACAACACCAACGACAUCCCAAAAUCUCCGGCCUUUUCUUCACCUGUAGAUCUCGAACCGAAAUCAAAUACAUUCCUCUGAUGGACUCCUCCUGUAAUAGCAAUGGUGGAGAGUGCAAGUCUCCAGCCCAAUUUCCAGAUUUUAGUGCUGGUGGUGACUCCUGUAAUGAUUUCAGUGGUGGUGGUGAUAGAUAUAGAUACAUAUAUGGUAUGGUGACACCCAUUGUAGACUCCUGUAAUGGUUUUCUAUUCUGCUGUUUUACCAAGCGAGGUAGGUACAGUUACCACAUUUAUAAUCCUUCGACCAAAAAAUUCACUACUCUUCCCUGGCCUUUUUUCCGCACAACUUUUUCAGCUGAACUUGCAUAUUUGGCUUUUGAUCCUUUGAAAUCACCUCACUACAAAGUUGUUUACCUUCAAAGAUUACCAAGUGAGGAUAAGCUGGUCAACUUGUAUCAAAUACAUAUUUAUUCGUCGAAGACCAAUGAGUGGUGGAGACCCUUUGAUGAUCCUUUCUCGGCACCAACCGUGGACUUCGAGAAUAGUGGAGUCUACUGCAAUGGUUCCAUCCAUUGGAUUUCCAUCUGCGCAGGACAAACUUCCAUAUAUUUUGAUGUUGAGCAAGAAAGAUUGUGCCCAAUGCUAUCUCCACCAUUUCGGAUUGCUUAUAAGUUUCGGCAUUUUGGGGAGUCUAGAGGACAUUUGUAUCUUACUGAGUAUAGUGAUACCAUGUUUAAUGUGGAGGUCUCGGAUAUGGAAAGUGAUUAUUCCAAGUGGUCAUUGAAGUACCGAAUUAACCUUAACUCCAUGGUUGAUUUUGUAUCCCAGGAGAUGAUCGUGCGUGGCGAAGUUUCUGUGCUUAGUUUGAUUCACGGAAAAGAUGGAGAUGUGUUUUUGGUGCUAUUUGUAGGCACCAAUAUGAUCAUCUCCUACAACAUUAAGGACAACUCUUUUAAGAAACUUCAUGAUGUAGCACACUAUCCUGGUUCUUCCUUUGUGCUUUUGUAUUCUAAUCACUGUGGUGUCCAUAGAUAUAUUGAGACACUCUUUCCUGUUUAA